UCGGCUGACGGCCACGAGCGGCACCGGUAUUUGUGGAGGCUUCUGCGCUGCAAAUUAUGGUGCAAAUUUGGCGCGCGUGGCGCUGCUCCUGGGUCGCCCUGGCGCUGGCCGCGAUGAACCUGGCGGGCUGCUUCCUCCAGAGGGCCGGGGGUGCGGAAGCCCAGUGUGAAGUUUGCCAACAUUUUUUGGGCAGAUUUUACAGUCAUCUAAAAGAAAAGCAUUCAGAUUUCUCUGUGGCUUCUAUAGAGAACGAACUAGUCAAAAGUUGUACGGAGGCAAAAGGAAAAGAAAAUCGCCUGUGCUAUUAUAUCGGAGCCACGAGCGAUGCGGCUACCAAGAUCAUCAGUGAAGUCAGCCGCCCGAUGAGUGCCCAUAUACCCGUGCCUAAAAUCUGUGAGAAGCUGAAGAAAAUAGACAAUCAGAUCUGUGAACUCAAAUUUGAAAGAACCCUUGACUUAACAUCAGUAGACCUCUCGAAGAUGAGAGUGGCGGAGCUGAAGAAGAUCCUGGAUAGCUGGGGAGAAGUGUGUCGAGCAUGCAUUGAAAAAACAGACUUGGUGAACCUGAUUAAAGAGCUGGCCCCAAAACACACAGCUCCAACUUCUAGAACUGACCUCUGAUGGCAUGUGAAUCAAAGGAAGCACAUGGUGACUUACAGCAUUUAAUUAAUUCAUGUAUUUAUUCAAGCACUGUAAUGUGCUCAGAAUGUAGUGGGGUGACCACAGCCUCAUCUGGAUGGUCCAUGAAGGCAGAUCAUUGCAAACAGAUGAAACCACUUGGUUUGUCCUCCAUCUUGGAUAAUGACUUUGGGAUGUGAGCGGGACAAUAAAAAGUAGCAAUAAUUUCCAUGAGGAGAAUGAUCCUGUAACUCGCUGAGGAAGUUGUUGAAGUGCUGAUCAGUGAGGUUCCUGGUAGCCAGGAGUAAGCUGAGCUGACUUCCAAUGCAGCUGGCAGAACUGCUGGGGUUGCCUGGUUGUGGCCUGGGUGCUGCUUCCCAGUUUAGAGCCAGUCAGGUCCUGUGGUGCUGCCAGUGUUGCUCAGUUUAAUUCAGCUUGUUUAAUUCAGCUCAGUUUAAUUCAGCUUGUUCCUACAGAUUUCAAAUUUCAUAUCCCUAAUGUUUUGAUCCCCAAAUCCCAUUUUCACUUGGCUUCUCCUUUUUGCAAAUUGAACCCCUGGUGUUUUAUUUUGGGGUCCUUUUCAUUUUCCUAUCUUUGUUUUUUCCCCCCAUUAAAAUGAUCUUCAUCCUAUAUUCCUCUUACUGAUUUUUUCCAGUAGGAAGUUCAAGUGUGUGACAGUCAGUGCUGAAUAAAGCCAUUACAAAAUGUGCACAAUUGUAGCAAGUGUACAAAUGAUCAUACAUGGUAUUUUCUAUCAGUCCCUAAAUUUCUGUUUUGGUGUAAAGUGGAGAUCCUUUCAAUCAAUUUGUUAACCACUUGGAGCAAACAAUGUUUGGGAAAGCAA